AUGAAACUCAUCGGAGCGUUGUUGCUUGUGGUGUUAGCCACCGCCUCCACCGCCACCGCAGCAGAUGCCGAUGCUCUUCAAGAUCUAUGUGUUGCAGACUAUGCUUCUGCGAUUUUAGUGAACGGAUUCACAUGCAAACCAGCAUCGAAAGUAAGCGCAGAAGAUUUCUUCUCAAACCUACUAGUCAACCAAGGUGCAACAAACAACACAUUUGGUUCCUUAGUAACAGGAGCCAAUGUUCAGAAAAUCCCAGGACUAAACACUCUUGGUGUUUCAAUGGCGAGAAUCGACUACGCGCCCGGUGGACUCAACCCGCCUCACACGCACCCUCGUGCAACAGAAAUGGUGUUUGUUCUUGAAGGUCAACUAGACGUUGGGUUCAUAACAACAACGAAUCAAUUGAUUGCAAAAACCAUUGCUAAAGGUGAAACGUUUGUGUUUCCUAAAGGUUUGGUUCAUUUUCAGAAGAACAAUGGUUGGGAACCUGCUACUGUUAUUGCUGGGUUUAAUAGUCAAUUGCCAGGGACUGUGAAUAUUCCUCUUACUUUGUUUAAUGCUACACCACCUGUUCCAGAUAAUGUCUUGACUCAAGCUUUCCAAAUUGGUACCAAAGAGGUUCACAAAAUCAAGUCUAACUUUGCUCCUAAGUCCUAA